GUGGAAGUCAUCGUGACACUGGAAAGCCGAGUGUUUUGCUCUGCAUCGCAAAAAUCACGGGGGUUUUCCUCAGAAGUUUACACCUUUUCACCGCGAAAACGCGCUUUUCCUACCAUUCUUGGAUGGUAGUGUGUGUUGCGAAAGUGGCCUCGUCUGCAUAGCGAUAUAUGCAUGAGAGAGGAAGUGUGGGAGAUUGAGCAAGAGACCGCAACACGCAUCCCCGGAAGCCACAUCAUUAGGUCAAAGUGAGAGAGGCACUUUCACCGCAAUUAUGAGCAGAAAUCGAGGAUCAAAUCCCGGACCCGUGCCGGAUCGGUGGCUUCACUGUCCCAGGAAGUCGGAUGGUUUCAUAGCGGACAGAUUUCUGGCAUUCAAGACGCCCCUGGACGAGCGCUUCGACUCCCAACUUCCCGUCGAGGCGUACUUCUCGCCGGAAAUGGUGAUGCAGAGCCUCCGCGUGCACAAGAGACGCUUGGGCUUGUGGAUUGACCUGACCAACACCACGAGAUUCUACGAUCGCUGGAUUGUAGAGAGUGCUGACACAGAGUACGUGAAGCUGCAGUGCCGAGGACACGGAGAAACGCCAUCGAAGGAGCAGACAAUUGCAUUCAUUGAACUCGUGGACAAAUUCAUUGCGAAUCAUCCUUUGGACAUCAUUGGCGUGCACUGCACCCACGGAUUCAACCGCACGGGCUUCCUGAUCGCGUGCUAUCUGGUGGAGAGAUUGGACUUUUCAGUCGAGGCGGCCAUGAGGAGUUUCAGCGACGCCCGGCCGCCUGGAAUUUACAAAGGAGAUUACAUCCGAGAGCUCUUCGAGCGAUAUGAUGACGUGGAGGACACUCUGCCUCCUCCACCGCUUCCUGCAUGGCAUCUGGAGUACGAUGAUGGUGCGGAAGAGCCACGAAUUCAGGCUCACUCGUCCAGGGCGUUCAAACGACACUGCGAGUCGCCGGGUAGCGAUCAAGAUGACUCUGUGGCCAUCGCGAAUGGAGACGCUUCCGGGGAGUCCAGCUCGUCACAGCCUAGGAAGAAGAAGCGAGAGUUCCUAAAUCUCAAUGCCACUUUCAUGGCUGGAGUUCCGGGAGUGCACCUCGUGACGGAUCAGCCACGCCUGGCGCAACUGCAAGAGCAGUGUCAGGUGAUGUGCAACUGGCCGGGCAACGGAUUCCCCGGCUGUCAGCCUGUCUCCAUGGAUGUGCACAAUCUGAAGCUGCUGCACGAGAAGCCUUAUCACGUGUCCUGGAAGGCCGACGGCACGCGCUACAUGAUGUUGAUACGAGGUGAGAAAGAGAUCUUCUUCUUCGAUCGUGAUCACGCCUGCUUCCAGGUGGAGAAUCUCAGGUUUCCCUACAGGGGCGACUUCGAUCGCCACCUGACCAACACUCUGCUGGACGGCGAAAUGGUGAUCGAUAAGGUGAAUGGACUCAGCAUCCCGCGAUACCUGGUUUACGACGUAGUGAGAUUCGAGGAUGAGGACUUGGGCAAGAUGCCAUUCUACCCAACUCGUCUGAAGUGCAUUGAGGAGGACAUCAUAAAGCCUCGCUACGAUGCCUUCCGGAAGGGACUGAUCGAUAAGAAUCGAGAGCCUUUCAGUGUGCGCCACAAGAUGUUCUGGGACGUGACUCAGGCCAGGGCGCUGCUCGCGCCGAAGUUCGCCAAGACGCUAAGUCACGAGCCCGACGGACUCAUCUUCCAGCCGUCGCUCGAUCCCUACCAUCCUGGUCAGGCCAAUGCGGUGCUCAAGUGGAAGCCGCUGGACAUGUGCUCGGUGGACUUCAAACUGAAGAUCGCAGAGGAGAGCGGCAUGGGCAUCCUGAAGCGGAAGGUGGGAAUGUUGUACGUUGGCCAACUGACCACUCCCUUUGCCCAGAUCAAAUUCACCAAGGCGCUCAAGGAUCUCAACAACAAGAUCAUCGAGUGCAAGUUCGAGAACAACGCCUGGGUCUUCAUGCGAGAGCGCACAGACAAAUCCUUCCCCAACAGCUACAACACAGCUGUGAGCGUCUGCAACAGCAUCCAGCAGCCGGUUACGACCGAGAUGCUCCUGGACUUCAUUGACUCCGAGAUCAUGCCACCGCCCAGCAUCUGCUAAUCCGGCGGGAAGUACUUGUUUCAAUCUGUUAUGUAUCAGUUUUUCAAAUUUGAGUGUUUUUAGAAGAUGUUCCAUGAGAAGAAAAUGGAAUAAACAGAAUUGAUGAGCAACGAAAAA